CUCUAAACUACUAUAUUAUUUAGUACAUCUUGCAUAAUCUAUCGAUCAACUGAGUGCUAAUCAGUCUUCACAAUGGGAUCGGAUGAAAAUGUAACAGAGACCGCUUAUAUCCCCAUGAAGAAUCGCCGACAAGGAGGCUUUAUCCCCACUUUCUUCAUAUUUGGAAUGAUGUUGUUGGAUAACAUAGGAUUUGUGGCAAAUAUGAUAAGUUUUGUUGUAUAUUUUGCAUCAGUUAUGCAUUUUGAUUUAGCUGGUGCAGCAACUAAUACAACAAACUUUUUGGGUACUGCUUUUUUGCUCACUAUUUUGGGAGGCUUCAUAUCAGAUGCAUAUAUGACUCGUCUCAACACUACCUUGCUCUUUGGCAUCUUCCAAUUAUUGGGAUACUUACUAUUGAUACUCCAAUCCCACUUCCAAAAACUUCAACCACAGCCCUGUGGAGAAUCAACUUGCGUUCAUGGCGGAAAAGCACUGCUGCUAUACACUUCAGUUUACUUAACGGCAUUGGGAGCAGGGGGCAUUCGGGGCUGUAUUCCGGCAUUAGGUGCCGAUCAAUUUGAACAGGACGACCCGAAACAGAGCAGCAAGAACAUUUCCAGUUUCUUCAACUGGUUCUUGUUAAGCAUAACUAUUGGAGCAUCCAUUGGAGUUACUAUUGUGGUUUGGGUCAGUACAAAUGUUGGAUGGGAUAAAGGGUUCAUUAUCUCUAUUGUUUGCUGUUUUGCUGGCCUCUGUAUUGUUUCAAUGGGUAAGCCUUUUUAUAGAGUGAGAGUUCCUGGUGAAAGUCCCCUGCUUAGAGUUUUACAGGUUUUGGUAGCAGCAGCUCGAAAUUGGUCUGUGCAACUACCAACUGAUAAGCAUAAACUAUAUGAGAUACAUGACCGAAAUGUUUCUCCUUUAACCGAACAGCGCCUUCCACAUACCCAACAAUUCAGGCAAGUGUUUCAUGUUCAAUGCAAGAUGAAAAGGUUUUCAUGUUUAUCUUAUGUUGUCAUGUUAAUCAUGGACAGUGUACUAGACAAAGCUGCAGUUCAAACGGAGGGCACCAAAAAGCAAGGGAAAUGGAGACUGUGUACUGUUACUCAAGUGGAGGAAGUGAAAAUCCUUACCAGGAUGAUGCCGAUUCUCUUGAGUACUAUCAUCAUGAACACAUGUUUGGCACAGCUACAAACAAUCUCAAUACAACAAGGGACUCUAAUGGAUCCUAGCCUUGGCAAGUUUGACGUACCUGCUGCUUCGAUUCCAGUCAUUCCUCUUGUAUUCAUGUCCGUUCUCAUUCCCAUCUAUGAGUUCCUCUUUGUUCCUGUAAUGAGGAUUGUAACUGGCCACCCAACUGGCAUAACACACCUCCAGAGGGUCGGGGUAGGGCUCGUUCUCUCAGCUAUCUCCAUGGCCAUUGCAGGAGCCGUGGAAGUGAAGAGGAAGAACGAGUUCAACAACCACAACCAUCGCACCAGCCUCUUCUGGCUCUCCUUUCAUUAUGCAAUCUUUGGGAUAGCAGACAUGUUCACACUCGUUGGACUGAUGGAAUUCUUCUACUGCGAGGCUCCAGCUGGGAUGAGAUCUCUCUCCACGUCUUUCUCAUUUCUGUCACUCUCCAUUGGCUACUACUUGAGCUCAGCUUUUGUCGAGCUCAUCAACUCAAUCACUUCAAAGCUCACUUCAAACAAGCAAGGAUGGCUUCAAGGGAGAGACAUGAACAAGAACCACAUCGAGCUUUUCUACUGGUUCCUAGCGAUCCUUAGCUUGCUCAACUUUGGUAACUAUGUCUUUUGGGCCAACUGGUACAAGUACACAAAGGAUGGUCCUAUCGAUGAACAGAAACUUCUUCAACCAGAUUUGUCUGUAACUAUGAGUAUGACCUCACAACAGACCAUCUCUACAAGUGAAGGUGCAAGAAAAAUGGAACAAAACUAAAGUUCAAGUAUAAAACUUUCAAGUCAAAAGUUAAGGAGUAUUGUACCUUUCUAAACAAUUAAUAUAAUUUUGCAUCUUGCAACUAGACAUUUCAA